CAUCAGCUGUUUUUGAAAGUUGAAUUAACCAUAGAUGAUACAAGUUGAAAACAGAAAACAAGUUAAUAAUAAAAACAGAAAAUAGUUAGAAAAACUUACUUGAUGCACUUCGAACCGCACAAUGAAUAAUUCUAAUAAGCGGAUGAACAGAAUGGACGGUGACCAGAGUGCCAAAAGAGUGAAGAAGGAGUGCAGCUACGGCGCCGCGUGCUACCGCCUCAACCCCGCGCACUUCCGGGAGUACAGCCACGCGCACCUGGAGUCCAUCCUGGAUGCUUGGAGUGGCUCAGGAAGCUUCGAGGUCCCCGAUGAGCACAGUUUGCAGCGGAGCACCAUCACUGAGCAGCUAAACAUCCUCCUCGAGAAGAAGCUGUAUGAGCCCAGAACCAAUAAUGCAGGGCAGGAGAAAGACAGUGCUUGCAGUAGCAGUGCCCUUCACAGGCAACCAGGGACGUACAAACAAGACAGCCCUCGUGUCACACCAGUGAAGACAACCACAAGUGUACCAGGGACUGCAGACACUAAUGUAACACACACACAUAAACAUAACAGUGUUAAAAGUGAACUAGACAAAAGUGAGUCAGUAAAACAAAGUGAAACAAGUGAACUAGUGAAGGAAAAUAAAAGAAAAGAAACAAUGAAUGAAAGUGGAAAAAAUGAAAAAUUAAAAGCAGGAAGUUCAAACAGAGAGAAAAGCGUGUCUCCCACACCGGGCCUGGGAGCGAGGAUUAGAGACUCGUCGUACCGGCCCGUGGUGGCGCCCGCGCGGCGCGCGGAGGACUACCUGAAGGUGGUGCUCCCCCGCGGCCGCAUGCAGCACAAGCACGACGCCGCGGCGCCCUACCACGUGUUCUACACCACCAUCACGGCCGCCAAGCAGACCCACCACCAGCCCUACUCAAUCACCUUCCUGGAGUUGCUGGACGCAAGUUUGGGCGAGCUGCAGAGUUCUCUGCAGAUCAACUUCAUGGUAGAACCAGCCUGGCUGCUGGCGCAGUACUAUUUUGCGGGCUACAGCGCGAAGAAGCUGACCAUCUUGUACGGCGAGGAGUGCGACGACAUGAAACAGCUGGACAAGAAGCCGCACGUGGACGCUGUCCGGGUUCAGAUGGCCACGCCCUUCGGCAAGCACCACACGAAGCUGAUGCUGCUGUGCUACGAGGACGGCUCCGUGCGCGUGGUGGUGUCCACCGCCAACCUGUACCAGGACGACUGGGACAACCGCACGCAAGGGUUGUGGUUCAGCCCGCGCUGCGCGCCGCUGCCGCGCGCCGCGCCGCCGCACGCCGGCGACUCGCCGACCAUGUUCAAGCGGAGCCUGCUCAAGUACCUGUCGCACUACCGCCUGCCCAACCUCGUGUGCUACACGGAGCGCGUCAAGCGCUGCGACUUCAGCCACAUCAACGUGUUCCUGGUGGCGUCGGUGCCGGGCUCGCACUUCGACCUGGAGUGGGGCAUGGCGCGCGCGGGCGCGCUGCUGCGCCAGCACUGCGCUGUGCCCGCCGACGAGAGCCGCGCGUGGCCGCUGGUGGCGCAGGCCAGCAGCCUGGGCAGCUACGGCGCCGAGCCCAAGCUGUGGCUGACGGGCGACUUCCUGCACCACUUCACCAAGGUCAAGACUCCGCCGCAGACGCUCACGCAGCCGCCGCCGCUGCAGCUCAUCUACCCAUCGCUGGAGAACGUGCAGCGCUCGCACGACGGGCUGCUGGGCGGCGGCUGCUUGCCGUACGCCGCCGACUGCCACGCCAAGCAGCCCUGGCUCAACGACUACCUCUACCAAUGGCGCGCGGAGCACUCGUGCCGCAGCCGCGCCAUGCCGCACAUCAAGUCGUACUGCCGCUGCCGCGACGCGCGCGCCGCGUUCUACCUGCUGACGUCAGCCAACGUCAGCAAGGCGGCGUGGGGCAGCGUCAACAAGGGCAACAAGGCGCUGCGCCUCAUGAGCUACGAGGCCGGGGUGUUGCUGCUGCCCAGGCUCCUCAUCAACGAGGAUUUCUUCCCGCUGGGCGAGGGCGCGCACAACCGGCUGGUCAUCCCCUACGACCUGCCGCCCACCAAGUACAGCGCCGACAUGUCGCCCUGGGUGCAGGACCAUCUGUAUUGAAACUGUGAUAAUUGAACUUAA